AGCGUCUCCAAGACAAGAAAACCUCACAAAUCUUCGAUGUGCCUUAUUGGAUCCACGCCCCUCUGAGUCACCACUACUUGGCAACCAGCCACAAACGAAGCUCCGCAACGAACUUCAGGCGACCAACUUCAGCCGGCCGCCUGAAAGUCAAUCAAUGAGUCAACGCAGAUAAAAUACUAUCUUAAAGAGCCACAGUCGACAUUUUCCCUUACAAGUUUUCACAACCAAAGCCCAUCGCAAUAACCAGCCUCUCUGAGAAGGCGCAAUGUCUCGUCGUGAUACCCCGCCAUACGUCCCUCAAGACCCGCAGGAGGUGGCGCAGAUCGUGCAAGCUCUCGACACACAUUCGAAAAAGUCAGGACAUGGCAAAAAGGCAGGCUUUUCUUGUAGAAAGGCCACUUUUGAAGUUGAAGGCACCAACGGACGUACGGUUGAUUCCUGGCGCUUCCAGGACUGGGACUACAAGAAACCCGACCUUCCUACUUACGCCCGUGGCCUCUUUACCUACAGAAACCAAGAGGGGCAGCAAGAGAUUGUUGUCCGUGGAUACGAUAAGUUCUUUAACGUCGACGAAGUGAAUAAAACGCAGUGGCGAAACGUGGAGAACAACACACGAGGUCCAUACGAGCUUAGCGUGAAAGAAAACGGUUGUAUCAUCUUUAUCUCUGGACUGGACGAUGGAACACUGCUGGUCUGCAGCAAGCAUUCUACUGGUCCAAGGGAUGAUGCUGAUCUUAGCCAUGCUACGGCUGGAGAAAAGUGGGUGGACAGACAUCUCGAGACAGUUGGCAAGACGAGACGGGAUCUCGCUUUGGAACUGCGCAAAAUGAAUGCGACCGCUGUUGCGGAGCUUUGUGACGAUAAAUUCGAGGAGCACGUUCUAGCGUACGAUGAAUCAAGGGCCGGGCUGUACGUUCACGGGAUCAAUCUUAACCUACCUUACUUUGCGACGUAUUCAGGACCUCUUGUUGACAAAUUUGCCGACAAGUGGGGAAUGAGAAAGGUCGAGUAUGUCAUGAAGGACGACAUCUUCUCUACCCGAAAGUUUCUCGAGGAAGUGGCCGAAACUGGAUCUUAUCAUGGAAAGCAAACGGAAGGCUUUGUCAUAAGAUGUCAAGCUCGGGAACAUGAAGGCGCGCCUUGGGAGGACUGGUUCUUCAAAUACAAGUUUGAGGAGCCGUACCUAAUGUACCGCCAAUGGCGAGAGGUUACAAGAGCCAUAAUUGCUGGAAAACCUCCAAAAUACAAAAAACACAAGAAGGUCACAGAAGAGUACAUCCAAUUCGCCCGACGCCGAUUCAUUGAAGACCCGAGUCUUGUGAAGGCAUUUCAGCAAAAUCACGGAAUCAUUGCAUUGAGAGAAGCAUUUCUCCAAGAGCGCGGCCAAGCAGGACAUGAAAUUAUCCGGGAAGAAGGAGAGGCUGGCGCGGAUCAGAGUGAGGUGACCCACAAUGUCGUACUUGCUCCCAUCGCCACCAUUGGUUGCGGUAAGACAACAGUUGCUGUAGCCCUUCAAAAACUUUUUGGAUGGGGCCACAUUCAAAACGAUAACAUACAAGGCAAAAAGAAUCGGCCGCAACGGUUUGCCGCCGGAGUCUGUGGCGAAUUGUCCAAACACCCUGUGGUAAUCGCCGAUAGAAAUAAUCAUCAGCGCCGUGAGAGAAAACAAAUCAUUGAAGAUGUCAAACAGCGAAAUCGAGGUGUUCAAUUCGUCGCUUUACAUUGGGUUCAUGAGCCCUCCAAUUAUGCUGCUAUCAAGCAGGCCAUGUGGAACCGAGUUGCUUCUCGAGGAGAUAACCAUCAGACGAUACAAGUUGGUCCCAAGUCCAAAGACGACAUUCUUGGUAUAAUGGAAGGUUUCCUGCACCGGUUCGAGCCCCUUGACGAUUCCAGAGACCCGGAUGACGCAUUUGAUCUUGUCAUCAACCUCGACGUGACGGCGUCCUCGCGCGACAAUCUAGAAACAGUCGUCGGCGCUCUCCACAACGCCUAUCCGAAGCUGAUGACGGAUAUGCCCACUGUCUCCGACCUCGAUGACGCCAUCCAUGCCGCUAUGAACGACUAUCAGCCCGACAUUAAGCACACUCUCAAUUUUGGGGACAAUAAGGCGGCCAAGGCCAAAACUAACGCGCAAAAUCAGGCCAGUACGCCAAAGAAACAAAAACCUCCAAAAGUUGACUUCUUUUGCAUCCGCCUUCCAACACAGCGUAUCAACUCAAUCCUCGAUUCUCUCUUUGCUUCACAGCCGCCCGAAACUGCCCGGUUUUACCGACAACUCCAGCAGACCCGGCGAGUCCAGGCAGCAUUCCAUGUCACGCUCAUCCAUCGGGCUGCUGCCCAGGCCGAAAAGGAGACCUGGGAGCUCUUCGAUGCGAAAUACGUUGCCGCCCUUGCUGAAGAAUCAGCACGGAUCAAGUCUAAGAACCAGGCCUCGCAGGCCAACGGCACCAAUAACGCCAGCGCCCAGCAAUUUCCGGACCCUGUCCUGGCAACGUGCCGUGUCCAGCUUGAACGUCUCGUCUGGGAUAAUCGUGUCAUGUGCAUUGUCGCGCGCCUUCCUGAUGCCGCUGACUCUGGCUGGCAUACGGUUAACCCCGUUGCCCACGUUACCGUCGGCACCGCCUCCCAAGAUAUCAAGCCCAAGGAAAGCAAUGACUUGCUCCAGGCUUGGCUCCAGAAUGGAAAUGGCGAACAUAGCGGCAUCUCCGAGCUAGCGAUUCCCGGACAGAUUAUUCUUCACGGGGAUGUCCAUGCUUCAUUGCAGCGCAAUUAAAUCGGGUACUUGAAAUAGCGAUCUAAAGGCCGGCCAUUUCUAUAGUCUGGUGACGGAUAUCUCCCGAUAGUUAGAGCUAGGGACGGCCUUGGCUAAUGUUAUGUGGACAACCGGGAUGUUCAUACGAUUAUGCAUGGAGAUAUUGGCAUCUAGCUCAAAAUAGCUGAUUAUUAUAUUUUGAACCAUCCCAGACACCUCGUCGCACAAUGAAAAUCCAAUUAAGUCU